AUGACCGAAGAGGGGGCGCCGUCGUACAAUUUCCCCACGACGAUCUUGACGGAGAAGCCGCCGGCCCAGGCGGCGGCGAUCUUGCCGCUGGCGCUCGACCACCAGCAGAAACUCAACGCCCAGGUCGGCCAGUGGUUCGAGCAAUACAUCACCGUCGUCAACCACCACACCAAGCAAUUGAAGCAGGCGGUGGAGGCGGGGCAGAAGAUCUUUGGCUCCUCGCAACAGGGCGUCGACGACGACGAGUUCGGCAACUUCCCCCAGUACUGGAACUGCUUGCUCACGCUGUUGAAGCUCGAGGCGCAGCUGAACGAGCUCUUGGUUAAGAACUUGAAGAUGGACGUGCUUGGCCCCUUGCGCCAGGAGCAGAGCGACGUCAGGGUGCUGGAAUUGCUUGUCAAUCUGACGGAGUUGGCCGAGAUUUCGCAGGACAUCGGCAACCACAAGCUGAACGCCGAGGUCCAGUGGAACUAUAAGGCACCGCAGAUCUUCCAAAACUUUGAAGACUAUAAGGCCCAGCAGUUCGGGCUUUUGUUCACCACCGUCUUGACGUUUUUCCAGAUCGACAACGCCAAAUUGACUAAAGGGUUAGGCAACAACGAAAACCUGACCAACUACCUUGUCUCCAACUACAAGUUGGAGCUGCAGAUGCGCCAGUACUUGGAGGUGAUCACUAACAAGACGUACAAGCCGCCGAUCGCUCCCCCAGGCCACGUGGGUGCCGCCCACUACGGUCAGACCGGCGCCCCUCAGCAGAGCGAGCGCAAGCAGACUCGCCGGUUGCUGUCGUUCAACUCGUUGACGGGGGGUUCGCUGAAGGGUAGUGGUGCCACCAACGACGACGGGCUGCCCAAGAAGCUGUUGAAGCUGAAGGUGGGGUCGAUUUUCGGUCGUAAGAAGGAUAAGAAGAAGAACCGGGGCACGAGCGGGUUUGGCGACAUCCCCGAGGACGGGCUGAUUGUCACUACGGAAACUGAAGCCACCCUGACCCGCGCCGACCUGGUGCGCCGCACGAAUCUGACGGCGUUGCCGCGCCAACAGACGUCGUCGUCGGGUAUCAACCGUACCAAUCUGCAACGGUCCACCGACAGAUUGCAGCAGCACGGACAGCAACAGCAAGGGUUCACUCAGCAACACCAGCAACAGCAACAGCAACAGCAGCAACAGCAGCAGCAGCAGCAGUCUGGGUACCCUCAGGAGAAGGCGCAACCGCCGUUACCUGGUCAAGGGCACCAGCAAGGUCAAUUCGGCCAGCAGGGUCAAUUUGGCCAGCAGGGAGGCCAACAGGGUCAAUUCGGCCAACAGCAGCAGCAAUUUGGCCAGGGGCAAUUUGGCCAAGGGCAAUUUGGUCAACAGAGAGGGUCAAUUGGCCAACAGCAAUUGUCGCCUAACUCGCGGGUGCCUCAGUCUCCGGGGUCGCCCAGCUCGCCGAUUCUGCCCGGGGGGAUCAACCCUAACUUCAACACCCCUUUAGUGCCGCUGCAAGCACACCCGCCCCACCAGCUGGCAGCGCAGCAGCAGCAACAGCCACCGCUGGCGUUCACCAGCCCCAUGGUGGCGCAGCACCCAGCGCAGCCCCUCGACACCUUCCCCACGCUGCUUGACCCGCGCACGGGGCCGCCGCCCGUGGGGACGUUUUCCGCCAAAAACACCGAUACUAGCGGCACUUUAGGCUGGACCAACCAGAGUACCAACCACGCCACUGGCGCUGCCCUUGGGAUAGCUGCUGGGGGCGCUGCCCUUGGCGCCGCUGCCGCCCACGGAUCAAACGGCAGAGAGCAAACCCCCGUCACCAGCCCGUUUGAGACCGCCACUUCGGGAGCCAACACUCCUUUUACUCCACAACAGCGCGGUGACACCAACCCGCGCGACUUCGGGACGCUGCCCAACUUCGUCCAGUACCAGGAGCUGGAGCUGGAGCUGGACACCGAGCACGAAGGGCUGUUGCCGAUGUUACAGCGCCACGACGUCGCCCUGCCGGCGAAGCCCGUUAGGGGACGCCAGCAGUCGUACGAGCGCGGCGAUGAGGCCGUGUUGCCCGAGCCCACCGUCAGCGACGACGGCGGCGUCCACCGCCGGCUGCUGUUAGGCAGAUCGGCGCCGCCGCCGCCGCCGCUGAGAAAAGUCGUCCACCACGACACGUUGAGAGAAGAACCGUUCGGCGCCCCUGACUCGCCCGAAGGGUUUGCCAACUUACCCGCAGCGAGAAACUCGGUGGUGCCGCCAGUAUCGGCAUUAGCCGGUGGCGUCGCCGCCGCCGGUGGCCUUGCUGCCCAAGGUACGGGGAUGCAAUUGAUGCGCCUGGAGUUCAAGCACUUUGAACAAGGGUACAACGCCCACGGGCUCAACGCCCUGGUGGCAGAAGUGAUCAACGCCACCUUCACCGACGGCCAGUUGGUGAAGUCGCAAGUGGUGGGCGAGGUCGCCUUCCACCAGCAAGGCGAGUCGCCUGUGGGGGCGCUCGACAUCGGCAUUGUGCCCCUCCACAAGUUGGACCGCGUCAUUUUGAACGAGGACGUGUUGAGACCGCUGGCCCACCAGGACCACUACACGUUGGCCCCCGCUCAAAUCUCGCUGAAGACGUUAGGGGCGUUUAAGUACUUGAUCAAGCAGCCGCCAGUACCGUUGAGUAUCUCCCAGAUCUGGAAGUACGAGACCCACCAGGCGCUGCUUAUCGUCCUCGUCAAGCCCGACCCCCUGGUGACCACGCCGCUCAAGAUCGACAACUUGGUGAUCACCGUCGCCCUCGACACCAGCGUCGACGUCGCCCUGGCCAAGCUGAGCCCACACGGGUCGUUCAACAAGGACAAGAACCGGUUGACGUGGCGGUACCAGCACACCCUCGUCCUCGGCGGCGCUGGGGGUAAGCCUGAGGAGAAGUUGAUGGCGCGGUUCGCCACCAGCGCCGUCGGCAAGGAGCAUGAGCUGGGGGUACAGGUGAAAUUCUCCAUGGCGCUGCCGCCCGUGGCCAACGUCAGGGUAUUGGCCGACGGCAGUGAGGUGCCGGUGACGCGCUCGUUGAUCUCGGGUAACUAUCUGAACCACACCGUGUGA